AACAGGAGGCAGUUCACGAAACUGUCCCGAACGUUGAUCGGAAGUUUUACGAAGACGUCGCCACAAAUGCAAACAAGUCUGAGGAAAUAUCAACUGAAGGUCAGUAAUAUCACAGAUUAGAUAUUAAUAUAUAUAUAUAUAUAUAUAUAUAUAUAUAUAUAUAUAUAUAUAUAUAUAUAUAUAUAUAUAUAUAUAUAUAUAUAUAUAUAUAUAUAAAAUAGUUUGUGUAGGGUUAUAAAAACCAAUGAUAGAGUGCUCAAUGGAUAACCAGAGCAUAAUAGAAAGACACAAAAACUUAGCAAGCUUUGUUUGGCAUAUUUAUUACUAUACAGUUUCGUACCACGUAAAUAACGUGGCACUCUAUAUUUAUAUAUAUAUUUAUAUAUAUAUAUAUAUUUAUAUAUAUAUUUAUAUAUAUAUAUAUAUAUUUAUAUAUAUAUAUAUAUAUAUAUAUAUAUAUAUAUAUAUAUAUAUAUAUAUAUAUAUAUAUAUAUAUAUAUAUAUAUAUAUAUAUAUAUAUAUAUAGACCACCAGGGUUUAUAAUCUUUUGUUUCAAAAGGCAGGAAAUCAGAUCACGAAGAGGUUGAAGUACCAUCAAAUGCACACAAGGCUUCUGGACACACUGAACUUAAUAAACGACCCGAUACCUUGAAAAGAGGGGCGAUAGGCGAUGGUGAUUAUCAGACAUUUUUGAAGCAGGACGACGGAUACGUAAUACCGGCUCCGAAGGAACCACAACACGAAACACCAUGUCAAAAUGAAACCUGUGAAGAGCCCAAAUUAUCGCCUGGCUGCGAGGAGCUGGAUCAAAGCAAACUCGAAUCAGAAAUGGAAUAAGAUAAGUUUUAAGAAAAAAAAUGUAGAACAUAGUCAUAAUUUAUUGCCAGUAUGAUUUUAUUUAGUUGACUCUAAAUGACGAAAGUACUUUUUUGUUGUUUAAUACUUCGACAGAGGUUUUGUGUUGGAAUAUUUUUCCACACAGAUCCAAGUGUUGAAUAGUUAUAAAUAUAAAAUUUGUGCAGCUCUAAAAAUAUUACUUUGUAGUAGCGAGUUUACUAAAUAUUUGUAGAAAUUUAAAAUUUUAAUAAAUUUGUAAUGCUUAAAUACAUGAACUUCCCCCUGAUUUGUCAUUUCAGUUUAUUUCUAAGCUCCCCCCCUCCCCCCCCCCCACAGGUACCGUUGCUAUGACGACAUGGGAGUUUAUAAAGCUUCUGCACAGCGGUAUAUCUCAUUUUGCAUAAAACAUGGAGGCC